UUCUCCAUGACUGGCAGAAUGGUGGCGAUGUCUCCAGGAGAGGACGGUCUGAUUGGGAUUCCGUUCCCAGAACACAGUAACGAACUGCUUUAUCGCCUUAAUGCCCAGCGACGCUCUGGCCUGCUAUGUGACCUCACUUUGACCUCCCGCGGUGCCCGGUACCCAACACACCGCGCUGUCAUGGCUGCCGUCAGCUUGUACUUCCGCCAGCUGUUUGGGGCGGAGGAGGUGGGUGAAGCGGGCGAGGUGGGUGAGGGCUGCAGCGUGUGCCAGCUGGACUGCGUAUCUCCGGAAGCGCUGGACGCCCUGCUGGAGUUCGCCUACACCGCAACGCUGACCAUCCGCUCGUCUGACAUGAGGGAGGUGCUGGAGGGCGCCCAGCUGCUUGGCAUAGAGUGCGUGGCUGAUGCCUGCCGACAUAUCCUGGGUGAGGUGGGCGAGGUUAACGAGGACAAAGCAGGUCACACACAGAAAAACCAGAGGGCACCAUCACGCAGGAAACAGGACCGUCGUAAUGUAGAGAAAGCCGUGUCACCGGUGCGUCCAGCAUGGAGGAAAACACAGUUUGAAGAAGACCUGCUGACAUACGCAGCCCCGCCCACUCCAGAAAACAAACCCCACCUGACACAGAACGAACCUGAGCAAAGCGUCCUGGAGGGCGAGCUGACCAACGGGGUGCAUCGCAGUCCACAGCCACUGAAGGACCUGACGUCAGAAGAGGAUUCAAAACGCAGAAGAGAGGCUGUAUCACAGAGCCACACCCCAUCACAGGCUGAAACCGCUACAGGUGGCGCCACGGAGGGCGUCACUAAGAAGAGGAAGUCUCAAACGCCUCAGCAGUGCCCAGUCUGUCAUAAAAUCAUUCACGGUGCAGGAAAGCUGCCGCGCCACAUGAGGACGCACACCGGAGAAAAACCCUUCCAGUGCAACACCUGCGGCGUCCGCUUCACACGGAAUGAUAAGCUAAAGAUCCACAUGAGGAAGCACACAGGUGAGAGGCCAUAUUCAUGCCCCAGCUGCCCCGCUCGCUUUCUGCACUCCUAUGACCUGAAGAACCAUCAGUCCCUGCACAGCGGUACGCGACCCUACGAGUGUUCUCUCUGCCACAAAGCCUUUGCUCGUGAGGACCACCUGCAGCGACACCGCAAAGGUCUCGCCUGCCUUGAGCUCCAUCCACGUCUGGAAUUCCGCCAGAGACGGGCUCGCCACCCCUCAUCACCUCAUUCGCCAUUGUCACCUUCACUAUUGGCGUCGUCAUCCGCCACUGCUGCUGCACGCUUCCAGAUCCAUCAGGAGGUGGAGAAUUCUGGUAGUGUGUCGCUUGCAACAGUUCCAUCGCUGAUCUCUGGAGGAAUUAUGUAUCCCAGAAUACCACACUGGAGGGCAAUAGAAGAGCAGGAGGGUGGCGAGCAGAGGGCGGCAUGGCGAGAAGAGAAGGAUUUGUAGUGUGUGUGUGUGUGUGUGUGUGUGUGUGUGUGUGUGUGUGUGUGUG